UCCCUCUUUUUCCUCAAUGUUUUACCGGGUUUUUUCUGGUUGCGGUUCCCCGACCUGCCACUGAGUGAAACUCGGCCCUGCGAUUGGACUGAAACUAGACUAGACGUCAGAGAAUGUGAGUUUAGCAUGCAGGGAGAAAAAAACACAAAGGCAAACCGUUUUUAAAAUAUAUUCAAUAUAUGUCAGUUGUGCUAUAGAUAGGUUUUUCAAACGCCCUCUAGUGGCAUUCGGGGAAAAAGUGAAUUUCGAGAAUCUAGGGUGGAGAAUAGAAUCACAGCAUCUUUGGGAGAGGUUCUUUAGUUCAGCAACUCAUUUGCUAUCUGAAUACCGUGGCCUGAAAUACCCCAUAAAAAUAUUAGGCCGCGGAAGAGUGGAACGUGAAAGAAAAAUUUUCGCGACGUUUCCCCACCCCCACCCCAGAUGACCUCGUGUUUUGUAAGAAAUUAUGGACAUAAUUACUACACCAUCCUACUCGCAAAUGGCCUUUAGCAGCCGAAAGUGAAUUGUGGAGACCUGACCCUGGGCUGGAAGGAAGAGGCGUCAGUCAACUUCCUCGCCGGCGGCGGCACCGGCAGCGGCGGUGGGUGCGCGGGUCUGCGCAUCCCGCCCCCGGGCCGGGAAGGGGCGGAGCCGCGCGGAGCCCGCCCACCCGCGGUCCCUUCUUCCCGGCCGCUCCCCCGAGCAGUUCCAGCCGUGGUCACUGCCUCCUGCGGGAAGCCGGGAUCCUGGGCUGGGAGUGCGGGCUGACUCUGCGGGUUGUAUCCCUGCGCAGCCAUGACAACCGCCAUCCUGCAGCGCCUAAGCACCCUGUCGGUGAGCGGGCAGCAUCUGCGCCGCCUGCCCAAGAUCCUGGAGGACGGGCUGCCCAAGAUGCCUGGCACUGUGCCCGAGACCGACGUGCCCCAGCUCUUCCGGGAGCCUUACAUCCGCGCCGGAUACCGCCCCAUCGGCCACGAGUGGCGUUACUACUUCUUCAGCCUCUUUCAGAAACACAACGAGGUGGUUAACGUGUGGACCCACCUGCUGGCGGCCCUGGCCGUCCUCCUGCGGUUCUGGGCCUUCGUGGAGACCGAGGGCCUGCCCUGGACCUCUGCCCACACCCUGCCCCUGCUCCUCUACGUCCUGUCCUCCAUCACUUACCUCACCUUCAGCCUGCUGGCCCACCUGCUGCAGUCCAAGUCCGAGCUCUCCCACUACACCUUCUACUUCGUGGACUACGUGGGCGUGAGCGUGUACCAGUACGGCAGCGCCCUGGUCCACUUCUUCUACGCCUCCGACCAGGCCUGGUAUGAGUGCUUCUGGCUCUUCUUCCUGCCCGCGGCCGCCUUCUGCGGCUGGUUAUCUUGCGCCGGCUGCUGCUACGCCAAGUACCGUUACCGCCGGCCCUACCCGGUCAUGAGGAAGGUCUGCCAAGUGGUGCCCGCGGGGCUGGCCUUCAUCCUGGACAUCAGCCCCGUGGCGCACCGCGUGGCCCUGUGCCACCUGUCUGGCUGCCAGGAGCAGGCCGCGUGGUACCACACCCUCCAGAUCGUCUUCUUUCUGGUCAGCGCCUACUUCUUCUCCUGCCCAGUUCCGGAGAAGUACUUUCCAGGUUCCUGUGACAUCGUGGGCCACGGCCAUCAGAUCUUCCACGCCUUUCUGUCCAUCUGCACACUCUCUCAGCUGGAGGCCAUCCUCUUGGACUACAAGGGGAGACAGGAGAUCUUCCUGCACCGCCACAGUCCCCUGUCCAUCUACGCUGCCUGCCUCUCCUUCUUCUUCCUGGUGGCCUGCAGCGGGGCCACUGCAGCCCUCCUGCGGGAAAAAAUCAAGGCCAGACUGAGCAAGAAGGAUUCCUGAGGCCAGAGGGUGGGGCGAGGUGUGGAGGCAAAUAGGAGUUGACUUUUCGUUUUUAAAAGCGGGCUUUUAAAUAGGUACAUAUUUCCAAGGAUGGCUAUGGCUCGCGAAGAGUUUUAUUGUUAUGGUUGUUAAUCAAAGGAGCAUUCCUUUUCCCUCUGGGCCAUAGCCUUCCCAGACAGGAAGGGAAGGGACCUUGGCAAAGAUUCAGCAGACACUAAAUUAAGAACCAUCUACAUGCCUGAAAAUUCAGUGGACUUCUGACUGCAACCUCCAGGAGCAAACCCCAGACCAAAGGGGUCAUUCACUUGGACUGGAAAGUGAGGUGGCUGGACCACCCUUGAAAUGGGCAUUCAACUGUGAUGCGGCUCUUGAGUGAUUAGCUACAUUGACUCAAGGACCCGAAUUCAUUUGGAUUUCAGAUUUUCAGAUUGGUGGAGAAGUCGGAAUCUUCAGGAAGAUUCAGUGAAACCCGUAGAUGUAAUGAAUGACUCCGUUCCCCUGACUUUUGUCCCCUUCUCUGACCCACUCCAGCACUGACCCUUUUCUCAGGAUGAUGUCUGCUGGGCAGUUGUCUCCACAGUGCUGUUCGCUCCCACCUGUACCUUGUAUGGUGAUGUCAAGGGCAGCGGAGCAGCCAUCCUUCCAGGAAUCACUCGGAUCCACACGAACCUUCAGGAAGUUUACUCGCAUCUGAUACUAAUGUACAUGGUACUGGAGACUGCAGUGCCAAGAGCCACCGGGGGGCCCCGCCAGCAAGCAUGGAUACCAUUUGGAGCCAUGGGACCCUUCCAUUUUCUACCUGUGCAUUGCAGGAUUACUCGAGAUCUCUCUUAGGGCUGCCUUACCUGCUAGAAGAUCCAGAGCUUUCUCCAGAGGAUCUUCUCCAGAUUUUGACCAGCAUGUUCAAAAGUGAAUUGGUUCUAAGAUUCCCACUAGGGAUCUGCUGAUUUUAAGAGGAACCCGAGGUCCAGCCUCUUAAAUAGAUGCUGCCCCAUGAAGGACUCACAGAACUAGCCUAGUUCAGGGUCCUUAGGGAAACAGUUGUACCUCAGCUUAGAGCAGCUUAACUUCAGCAUGAGUGUGUGCUCAUGGUGGGUUGGUCCCCAAAGGCUCCGUUGGCUGAGGAUGGUGGACCAGGGGCUCCUGCAGGCAGAAUGUUCUGUUUAAUGAUGUGGCUGCCCAGCAGCUUCCAUGGGAUAGAAGGGGACCUGCGGCUGAUGUGUUCUGGCCACAAAGCUUUCCCUGAGGACUGCCUUCCGUGCUGAUCCAGUGAAGGGGGCUCUGGUGACACCAGGUCUGUGGGAACCCCACCACCAUCACCACGGGCUGCAUUUCCUCUCAGUAUAAGGUCUCUGUUUACUGAAAAGGAAAGUGGUUUCCACUCCAGUUUGAUGAACCUCCUCUAUUACUACAUUAUUCUGUUGUCUUUACAUCUUUGUUUUCUUCCUUUCUGUUGAGAGAUGUGUGGGGUUUAUGCCCUAUAAAUGGAAACAUAUGAACACUUAA